GAACGCUCCGCCCUGGGGCCCAGAACGAGCCAAUCAGGAUGAAGAAGAGCCGCAGCGUGCUGUCGGUGACUGGAGAAGAGGGCAGUGACACAGACAUGCCAGGGGCCGGGGAGAAAGCGGAGUCAUCGGGUUACAGCCGCUCGUACACCUCCGGCUCCUCUCUGGGGGCCACUCUCGGGGCCACUUUGGGGGCCGAGCUGCGCCGUGGGAGGAGCAGGAGGCUCUCCUCCAGUCUGCAGGUGCCCUGCUGGCUGCGGCCCCGGGACCGUACCCGCUCCCCUGAGAUCCUGAAUGUGUCGCGGCCCACCACCCUACCCCUGCGCAUCCCGCCCAGGAUCUCCAUCACCCAGGCUGACUCCGAAAGUUAUGAUGGGGAGAACGGUGUGUCCCCUGGCCACACCCCCGUUGGCUGUCAGAGUCCCGGGCUCACCCUGCACCCCUCGUUCCCCCAGGGCCAGAGGAGGGAGUCCUUCUUGUACCGCUCCGACUCGGACUACGACAUGUCGCCCAAGACCUCACGUAAUUCCUCCCUCGCCAGUGAAGGACACACAGCAGAGGACUUCAUCGUCACUCCCUUUGCUCAGGUUUUGGCCAGUCUGCGGUCAGUCCGGAGCAACUUCACCAUCCUCGCCAACGUCUCUACACAAGUCAAGCGCUCUCCCAUGGGUGGGGUGUGUGUAAGCCCGCGCCCCUCCCUCUCCGAGCAGCAGUACCAGCAGCUGGCCCUGGACACUCUGGAGGAACUGGACUGGUGUCUGGACCAGCUGGAGACAAUCCAGACCCACCGCUCCGUCAGCGAGAUGGCCUCCAACAAGUUUAAGCGCCUGCUGAACCGGGAGCUGUCCCACCUGUCGGAGAUGAGCCGCUCGGGGAACCAGGUGUCCGAGUACAUCUCCAGCACCUUCCUGGACAAGCAGAAUGAGGUGGAGAUCCCGUCCCCCACACUGAAGGACAAGCCCAUGAGCCACAUCAGUGGAGUGAGGAAACUGUCCCACAGCUCCAGCCUGUCCAGCACCUCCAUGCCCCGCUUUGGAGUGAGCACGGACCAGGAGGACGAGCUCGCCAAGGAGCUGGAGAGUCUGGACAGGUGGAACUUCAACAUCUUCAGAGUGGCAGAUCUGACCAACAACCGACCCCUCAGCUGCAUCAUGUACGCCAUCUUCCAGGAGAGAGAGCUGCUGAAGACCUUCCGGAUCCCUGUGGACACAUUUGUGACCUACGUGAUGACCCUGGAGGACCAUUACCAUGGCAAUGUGGCCUACCACAACAGCCUGCACGCUGCUGAUGUCACACAGUCCACACAUGUGCUGUUGUCCACGCCUGCACUGGACGCCGUGUUCACAGACCUGGAGAUCCUGGCCGCUCUUUUUGCUGCAGCCAUCCAUGAUGUGGACCACCCCGGAGUGUCCAACCAGUUCCUCAUCAACACCAACUCAGAGCUGGCCCUCAUGUACAACGAUGAGUCUGUGCUGGAGAACCAUCAUCUGGCCGUGGGCUUCAAACUACUGCACCAGGACAACUGCGACAUCUUCCAGAACCUGACCAAAAGACAGCGCCAGAGCAUGAGGAAGCUAGUCAUCGACAUGGUGCUCGCCACAGACAUGUCCAAACACAUGACUCUGCUGGCCGACCUGAAGACCAUGGUAGAGACCAAGAAAGUGACUAGCUCUGGAGUGCUACUGCUGGACCACUACACAGAGCGCAUCCAGGUGCUGCGUAACAUGGUGCACUGUGCGGACCUGAGUAACCCCACCAAGCCCCUCCCCCUGUAUCGCCAGUGGACCGAGCGCAUCAUGGAGGAGUUCUUCAGACAGGGGGACAAGGAGAGGGAGAGGGGCAUGGAGAUCAGCGCUAUGUGUGACAAGCACACGGCUUCAGUGGAGAAGAGCCAGGUGGGCUUCAUCGACUACAUCGUGCACCCACUGUGGGAGACGUGGGCUGACCUGGUGCACCCGGAUGCUCAGGAGCUGCUGGACACUCUGGAGGAGAACCGGGACUGGUACCUGAACACCAUGCCCCAGUCACCCUCCCCUCCCCCGGACCGCCACCUACAGCACGACCGCUUCCAAUUCGAACUCACCCUGGAGGACCUGCAACACAACAACCACAACCACGUCCCAGUGAGGAGGCCCCGGAGCCGCAGGGGUACCUGUGGGGCCCCUGAGAGCAACGGACAGGCAGAGAUGGAGCCUGCGAGUGAACGGGUCAACCAGGACGAGGAGAACCACAACAGCCAACACAACGGACUGCAGGAGGACGAGCCAAGAGGAGACGAGGACAGGGAGGAGGGGCUUAAGGAGGAAGAUUAUGCUGUCAACACUGUGCCCUUGAAGAUGCUGGGGAUUGAUUAG